GAUGUGCAGGCGCAGCGGGCACAGCUCAUGGGACAGGCCACUCUGCGGCAUGUGGGAUUCUCCUGGACUGAGGCAUGAACCAGUGUCACCUGCAUCGGCACGCAGACUGCCAACCACUGCACCACCAGGGAAGCCCGGGAUCAUAACUUCACGGCUUACCUUGAUGAAUAUACUGAAAUAUUCAAGAUGGGCAGCAACAGUACCAGCAAUGCUGAGAAUCACUGCAAUGUCACUAAUUUGACAUUUCAAUACUCCCUCUAUGCCACCACCUACAUCCUCAUAUUCAUCCCUGGUCUACUGGCCAACAGUGCAGCCUUGUGGGUUCUGUGCCGCUUCAUCAGCAAGAAAAAUAAAGCCAUCAUUUUCAUGAUCAACCUCUCUGUGGCUGACCUUGCUCAUGUGCUGUCCUUACCCCUCCGGAUUUACUAUUACAUCAGCCACCACUGGCCUUUCCAGAGGGCCCUUUGCCUGCUGUGCUUCUACCUAAAGUAUCUCAACAUGUAUGCCAGCAUUUGUUUCCUGACAUGCAUCAGCCUUCAGAGGUGCUUCUUUCUCCUCAAGCCUUUCAGGGCCAGAGACUGGAAGCGUAGGUAUGAUGUGGGCAUCAGUGCUGCCGUCUGGGUCAUCGUGGGGACUGCCUGUUUGCCAUUUCCCAUCAUGAGAAGCACAGACUUAGCCAACAACACUGAGUCCUGCUUUGCUGAUCUUGGUUACAGGAAAAUGAAUGCAAUGGCUUUGGUUGGGAUGAUUACAGCUGCUGAGCUGGCAGGAUUUGUGAUCCCAGUAGUCAUCAUUGCAUGGUGUACCUGGAAAACCACUAUAUCCUUGCGACAACCACCAGUGGCUUUCCAGGGAAUCAGUGAGAGGCAGAAAGCACUGCGGAUGGUUUACAUGUGUGCUGCAGUCUUCUUCAUCUGUUUCACUCCCUAUCAUAUUAACUUUAUUUUUUACACCAUGGUAAAGGAAACCAUCAUUAGCAGUUGUCCCAUUGUCCAAAGCUCACUGUAUUUCCACCCUUUUUGUCUAUGCCUUGCAAGUCUUUGCUGCCUUUUGGAUCCAAUUCUCUACUACUUCAUGGCCUCAGAGUUUCGUGACCAACUAUCCCGCCAUGGCAGCUCCGUGACUCGUUCCCACCUAAUGAGCAGGGAGAGUGGUUCAUCAAUGAUUGGUUAA